AUGACGAGACAUGCUAGAAAUUGCACAGCAGGUGCAGUAUAUACAUAUCACGAAAAAAAGAAAGAUGCUGCAGCUUCGGGAUAUGGUACGCAGAGUGAACGAGUUGGAAAGGAUUCGGUAAAGAGCUUUGAUUGCUGUAGUCUUACAUUGCAGCCUUGUAGAAAUCCAGUCAUUACAAAAGACGGAUUUUUAUUUGACAAAGAAGCUAUCCUGGAAUAUAUAAUAACAAAGAAAACUGAAUACACACGCAAGUUAAAGAACUAUGAGAAGCAAUUAAAAAAGGAAGAUGAAGAAAAAAAGGAACUAGCAGAAGCCGAAAGAGAAACAAAUUUAAUAAAAUUUAUGAAUAGAGAAAAGAACAUUACAAACGGAGCAAAAUCUGAUGCAUCUCAUCAAUCAAGCUCUAUUUCAAACCUUGCUAAUGGUAAACAUAAACAGUUGCCUAGUUUUUGGAUACCCUCACAAUUACCAGAUGCUAAAAUUUCUAAAUUACAAAAACCAGAUCCUACAGUGUAUUGUCCUCUAAGUAGUAAACCUUUAAAAAUGAAGGAUCUUAUUGAAGUUAAGUGGACCUUAGUAAAGGAUCCAGACGACAAAAAAUCUUUGAUAGCAAAAGAGAAUAGGUAUAUGUGUCCAAUCACUCAUGAUAUACUCAGUAAUGCUGUGCCAUGUGCUGUAAUCAGAACUACAGGUCAUGUUGUUACCAUGGAGUGUGUUGAGAAAAUUAUAAAGAAAGAUUGGCUUCACCCACUCACAGGUGAUAAAUUGAAGGAAAAAGAUAUUAUUCUACUGCAAAGAGGAGGUACAGGCUAUGCACUCACCAAUGAUAAUCUUGAGGCAAAGAAUGCAAGGCCUGUAUUACAGGCUUAA